CGAAGCUCAAAAUCCGACGGAAAUCAUAUUGACAUAUCCUAUCCCUUUCGGCGUUCGUUCUCCGCUGCCACUUCCCGGCGGUUAUUAGCUCGCCGGCCGCCGCCACCUACCAUCCGGCGCUAAAAAACAAGAAAGUGAAACUAUAUAAUCGGAGUUCACUCCAUUUCCGGACCAAAAACUGAACACGUUGGACUAAACCCUAAAAGCGUCCAGCUUUCCGCCGAUGGCGUCGUCUACUCGCCUCUCCCAGCCGCCGGCUUUCUCCAAAGCCCUACUUUACCCUCUCGCUCGUGACCCAUUCCCCAAAAUCACUUCUUUGCCACUGAGAUUCAAUCGGCAGCUCCCCCGCCACUCCCUUUCUCUUCGCGCGGUCAUUUCCCAAAACCCUGCCAAAACCUCUUCGCUGCAGACCAAUCAGUUUGAGCACUGUUUCAGCAAAUCGUCUGAUGGGUUCCUCCAGUGUGAGAACGUCAAGGUCCAGGAUAUUAUGGAGAGUGUCGAGAGGAGGCCGUUCUAUUUGUACAGCAAGCCUCAGAUUACUAGGAAUGUGGAGGCAUACAAGGAUGCUCUGCAGGGAUUGAAUUCGAUUAUUGGGUAUGCUAUUAAGGCCAACAACAACUUGAAGAUUUUGGAGCAUUUGAGGUCGUUGGGUUGUGGGGCUGUUCUGGUUAGUGGGAAUGAGCUGAGAUUGGCUCUCAGGGCUGGAUUUGAUCCUACCAAAUGUAUAUUUAAUGGAAAUGGAAAGCUGUUGGACGAUUUGGUUUUGGCUGCUCAAGAAGGUGUCUUUGUGAAUAUAGACAGUGAAUUUGAUUUGGAAAAUAUUGUGGCAGCUUCUAGGAUUGCCGGCAAGAAGGUUAAUGUCUUGCUUAGAAUCAACCCUGACGUGGACCCUCAGGUACAUGCAUAUGUUGCCACUGGGAACAAGAACUCAAAGUUUGGCAUCAGAAAUGAGAAGCUGCAAUGGUUUCUGGAUGCUGUUAAGGCACACCCAGAUGAGCUUAAGCUUGUUGGCGCUCACUGCCAUCUCGGGUCAACAAUUACCAAGGUGGACAUAUUUAGGGAUGCUGCAGUUCUGAUGGUCAACUACAUUGAUGAAAUUCGUGCUCAAGGAUUUGAAGUCGAUUACCUAAAUAUUGGAGGUGGUUUGGGCAUAGAUUACUAUCACUCCGGCGCUGUCCUGCCCAAGCCGAUGAAUCUCAUUGACACUGUAAGUAUCUCAUCAUUCAAACAAUUCUGCGCAGUUCGCGAAUUGGUGCUGUCAAGGAAUCUGAAUCUCAUAAUUGAACCAGGGAGAUCCCUUAUUGCCAACACCUGCUGCUUGGUUAAUAGGGUAACAGGCGUCAAGACUAAUGGAACCAAGAAUUUCGUUGUGAUAGAUGGCAGUAUGGCGGAGCUCAUCCGUCCUAGUCUCUAUGAUGCUUAUCAGCACAUCGAGCUAGUGUCUCCUCCACCACCUAAUGCAGAGGUGUCAACCUUUGAUGUCGUCGGUCCAGUGUGUGAGUCGGCUGAUUUUCUUGGGAAGGAGAGGGAACUUCCUACACCAGCCAAGGGAGCCGGGCUGGUUGUUCAUGAUGCGGGAGCUUAUUGCAUGAGCAUGGCAUCAACUUAUAAUCUCAAGAUGCGGCCUCCAGAAUACUGGGUGGAGGAAGAUGGAUCAGUAGCCAAGAUCCGACACUCAGAAACAUUCGAAGACCAUAUGCGAUUCUUCGAUGGCCUGUAAUCUGGAUCGAGCUUCAUGUUAUCAUGGAAAUGGACCUAUGAGAUAUGUAUUCGUCACUUGUAACCUUCGCAUUACCUAGAACAAUUGCAUUGUGGUGUAAACCAUUUGUGUGUUCAUUUGGUCUCUGAACGAAUCUGGGGCAGAAAUAAAAAGGCAAUGCUCUGCAUUAGUACUUGCAUUUCAGACCUGCUUCCCUGCAAAACCCAAGAAUUUGAUCACUUGGGUAUCCCUGCGGUUUUGCUAGAGUAUCAGCCAUUGCUAAACCCGUAAACUCCAAGUAAGGUCGAACUUUUGGG